AUGCUUCAACCGCGAAUACCUCUCCGGUCGCUGUGCAGAAAAUGUCAACUUCCGUCACCCAUCUUGCGCAGGUCCUACGCACAGGUACAGGUCAUCGAUCCUGUGCACCCGACUGGCUCAGUCACAGACACCUCCAUCACAGAUCUCCCUCUCGCUCAAGCUGAUGACCGAACCUCACUCUCCAAGUUCGAAGUUCGACUGCGCCGCUACACCCCCCGAACACCGGGUAUUCGACAUUUGGUCCGUCCAUUGAACGAGCACUUAUGGAAAGGCCGCCCGCACUUUCCCUUAACUUUUCCCAAAAAGGGUCACGGCAAAGGUGGCCGGAAUCACACAGGCCAUGUGGUGGUUCGGCACCGGGGAGGUGGACAUAAGAGAAGGAUACGAAUUGUUGACUUCGCAAGGCGCACGGGUGGAAGGCAUCUUGUUGAGCGAAUCGAGCACGACCCAGGUCGGACUGCCCAUAUCGCCCUUGUCAAGAACCUGCAGACCGAGGAAAGGAGUUACAUCCUCGCGGCAGAAGGCUUGCGAGCCGGAGACACGGUUGAGAGUUAUCGCUCAGGCCUUCCACAGUCACUGAUUGACGAGAUGGGUGGCCAUAUCGACCAGGGUGUCCUCGCGUCCAAAACGGCGCACAGGGGCAAUUGUCUGCAAUUAGGCAUGAUCCCUGUCGGCACUCCGAUAUUCAACAUCACGCCGACGAAAAGCGACAUUGGGAAGAUCUGUCGGAGUGCAGGAACACAUGGAAUUAUCAUCGGCAAAGGCGAAGACACCGUGCAAAAAGAGAUGAUGAAGUUGAUCGGUGACAAUGGGGACAUGGAUCUGUCCACCUUGAGCACGGAUCAACUCAGGAAGUUCGAGAAGGCGGCCAACUAUGUUACUGUGCGCCUGUCCAGUGGUGAGGUUCGACUCAUCGACAAAGAUGCUGUCGCAACCAUUGGCGUUGCAAGCAAUGUCAACUUCAAAUACACCUCUUUGGGCAAGGCAGGUCGAUCGCGAUGGCUCAAUAUUCGACCGACUGUGCGAGGUGUGGCCAUGAACGCAGCAGACCAUCCACACGGUGGUGGUCGAGGCAAAUCCAAGGGGAAUCGCAUCCCUGUGAGCCCCUGGGGAAUUCCGGCGAAAUCUGGCUACAAGACGCGAGACAAGCACAAAAUCAAUCCCCUCGUUGUUACCCAGCGUCCACGGAACCAGGGACGACGGAGAAGAGGUUAUGCAUAG